GGCAACCUCCGGCCAAGAUGCUUCCUCCGGAGGUAUGUCCUAGGAAUUCGGGACCGCGGCACGCACGAAAAUGGCUACCUGACGCUUCACACAUGACGACUUACGCCAUCUCAGUUGUCAGUCAUGCUAAAUGACCAAGCUUGCGCGGUGUUGGACCACGGACAAACCGUCGUUCAGCACGCACUUGUGGUGAUUGAAGAUGAAGGCCUUUGCUCUUAGCGCACCCUUUGUUCUGGCCUCUUUGGCUAGUGCUCACUAUACUUUCCCGGAUUUCAUUAACUCCGGGGCCGUGGCAGCAGACUGGCAGUUUGUUCGCGAGACUGCAAAUCACUACAGCAAUGGACCAGUGACUGACGUUACGAGCGACGCCAUUCGUUGCUACGAACUCGAUAAUACUGUCGCAGGCAACACGCAGACUGUCACUGUCUCCGCAGGCGAUACCGUUGGCUUCAAAGCCAAUGGUGCGAUUUAUCACCCGGGGUACCUGUCAGCGUAUAUGACGCCUGCAUCUCCCGCUGCGAACUCAAACGAGGCCGGCCUCGGCCAGACCUGGUUCAAGAUCUGGGAGGAUCCGCCUGUGUUCACGCCGGGAGAAGGCCUUGUCUUCCCUUCGCAGAGUAUCCAGGAGUUCACAGUCACAAUCCCCAAGAGUCUCCCAAGCGGACAGUACUUGAUUCGCGGUGAACAGAUUGCCCUUCAUGUCGCCGAGUCGUACGGAGGUGCCCAAUUUUACAUUGGUUGCGCACAAGUCAACGUGGUCAACGGGGGCAACGGCACUCCAGGGCCUACGGUCUCGUUCCCUGGGGCUUACACUGGAUAUGAGCCUGGAAUCCUCAUCAACAUUUACAAUCUUCCGAGCAACUAUACAGGAUACACCUCCCCUGGUCCCGCAGUUUGGAACCAGUGAUCCUAUAUUAUGGUCGGACAGUUGGAGUGCGCUUUGUGCUUGGCUGCUUGUUAUAUGUAAUGGUCGACAUGCGGAUUUGUUGACUGAACUUGUCGCGCGUACAUUACCUGAGCUUCGCUCACAGCCCGUAAUUAGUAAGCAUCGCUAACCGUGGCUGUGUUUGUAGGUUCAAUCCCCGAUUUAGUUCUCCGACUUGAAAACA